AGGACCUGAGGCCGCUGCACAAGUCCUUCUUCGUGGCAGACCAUUUCGAGUGGCGCUACCUGGUGGCCAUGGACCUCGCACUGGCCAACACAUAUCUGGGCGACAGCCGCUACUCACAGGAUGUCAUGGGGCAGAUCCUGGACCAGUCCCUGGCAUUCCUGGACUCCACUUUUGGCAUUGUUGCUGGGCUGCGCGAGCUGUCAGUGGCCAUCAAGAAGACUAUCACCGUUACUCACGGCACCAUCACAAAAUAUUCCCCCUGGGGCGGCAGGCUCCUGUCCACCUAUGGCGGCCAGAUCUGGCGCGCGAUCCUUGCUCCUGCGGAGGUUGUGGUCUUCUUUGGAACCACCGCCAUCUCCCUCCUGGAUGGCUGAGGGGCAUGAAAGGGCACUUGAGAAUCUAUUUCUCCCCUUCUCUAUUCUGCUGCUCCUUUCAGUUGCCUCACGUGCUGAAGGAGGCACUUUCAGCAAGUGCACUCCCGCAGGACUGUGAUGGAUUUGGGGCGGCAUAUAAUGCUCCUCCCAUUCGCUAUGUCUAGAAGUAUCUGAUGACGCAUGCGGCUUCCUUCUGAAGGCGCAAGUGUAAAUGUUUUUUAUCUAGGGGUGUGACAUUCCUUCAAAAGGCAUCUCAGCUUACAUGUGUUCUCUUAGGAACGAUCUCUGCGAUCUGAUUUGUGGGUUUUGGGUGGCUGAAUGCAUGUCUCAUUAGCGUUGGAUGAUGUUCUUUGUGCAGACUUACUUGGGUUGCGCAGGGUGUCAACACAGAGGUACUUCUCCUUUUGCCCCUCUGGGUUGGUCAAGUAUGCUUUUUGUGAUUACUAAGGUUGCGUGUUGGAGGAGAUCACUGCUUUGCCAGGUGGUCACAACCUAACAUGUGCGCUGUGUAUAUUCACAAGUCUCUUAUUCUACAGGUGUUUAGUUAGGCACAUUGUAACGGUGAAUCGAAUAAGCACCUUUGGGUCUACUGAUAUUUGCCAUGAUUAAUAUUAUAGUCAGAUUAUUCAGUUGAGUUGUACUGCGCUAUAGAAGAGUAUUGGCGGCCCGUCAUGCUGGCAUGUCUCCAUCUUCUUGCCAAAUGGGUGAAUUAGUUAUCAAUGUGUUGGUUCAGGUUAGGUCACAGCUUGGGUUGAGUGUAGGCAUUGAUUAUGUUAGGGAGACACUGAGUCACACUAGAAAUGUGACAAAGUAUCCCAGGACUGCAGCACUGUAUGGUAAUCACUGGGCUUAAAUGGUCUGAAGAACCAAUGCAGUGUAUCGGCAGCUUGUGCCGCAUUCGGUGGUGCUGUGACUUUGUAAAAUAUCUGAACUGGC